AUGUGGGGGUUCAAGGAAGACUUCCAGAGGAGGUUCCUUCUGAAACCUGAAGGGGCUAGCCAAGGGAAGGUGAGCCAGACAGACUGCUUUGUGAGCCUCUGGCUGCCCACCGCUUCUCGUGAGAAGCUGAAGACUAGGACCAUCUCCAACUGCCCGAACCCAGAGUGGAAUGAAACCUUCAGCUUCCAGAUCCAGAGCCAAGUGAAGAACGUGCUAGAGCUGAGCAUCUGUGAUGAAGAUACACUGACACCAGAUGACCAUCUCUUGACAAUCCUCUAUGACCUCACCAAACUCUGCUUCCGAAAGAAAACCCAUGUGAAGUUCCCACUCAACCCAGAGGGCAUGGAAGAGCUGGAGGUAGAGUUCCUGCUGGAGGAGAGUCCCUCUCCACCCGAGAUGCUCAUCACCAAUGGCGUGCUCGUGUCUCGGCAAGUCUCCCGCCUGGAGGUUCAUGCAGAAUGCCAGAGGCGGAAGAAGAGCAGGAAAAUGAAGGACCUCCUGGUGACAGUGAAGGAGUCCUUCGAGCACACCCAACAUGUUUCAUGCUGCCUGGAGCCCUGCUGCGCAAACCCAGCCUGCUUCCACUACCCCGAGUACUUCCAGCCCUGCCUGCACGUGGACGUGCCCAAGAGCCCGUGGGGCCACGGGCUUUGCUGUUGCUGUGCACAGAGGAAGACCAGCCCUGUCCGCCAGCCCCUUGACUGCCUCCCCGAUGGCCAGACGGUGACCCUGCCCGUGGGUGAGAACUGUGAAUUACAUAUGAAGUCUACACCCUGCCCUCAGACGCUGGAUGUGCGGCUGGGCUUCAGCCUGUGCCCCGCCGAGCAGGAGUUCCUGCAGAAGCGGAAGGUGGUGGUGGCAAAGGCCCUGCAACAGGUGUUGCAGCUGGAGGAGGACCUGUCUGCAGACGAGGUACCGCUGAUAGCCAUCAUGGCCACCGGGGGUGGAACAAGAUCCAUGACCGCCAUGUAUGGCCACCUGCUGGGCCUGCAGAAGCUGAACAUCCUGAACUGUGCCAGCUACAUCACUGGCCUGUCUGGGGCCACCUGGACCAUGGCUACCUUGUACCGUGACCCUAACUGGUCCUCCAAAAACCUAGAGCCUGCCAUAUAUGAGGCACGGAGGCACGUGGUCAAAGACAAGAUGCCUGCCCUGUUCCCAGACCAGCUCUCCAAAUUCCAGGAGGAGCUUCGGCAGCGCAGUCAGGAAGGCUACAAGGUCACCUUUACAGAUUUCUGGGGCCUGCUGAUUGAGGCCUGUCUGGGGGAUGAGAGAGAUGAAUCCAAACUGUCAGAUCAGCGUGCUGCUCUGUGUGAGGGCCAGAACCCCCUGCCCAUCUACCUCACCAUCAAUGUCAAGGAUGAUGUAAGCAACCAGGAUUUCAGAGAGUGGUGUGAGUUCUCCCCCUACGAGGUGGGCCUGCAGAAGUACGGGGCCUUCAUCCCCACCGAGCUCUUCGGCUCCGAGUUCUUCAUGGGGCGGCUGAUGAAGAGGAUCCCAGAGUCACGGAUAUGCUACAUGCUAGGCUUGUGGAGCAGCAUCUUCUCCCUAAACUUGCUUGAUGCCUGGAAUCUGUCCCAAAGCUCGGAGGAGUUUUUCCACAGAUGGACCAGGGAGAGAGUGCACGACAUCGAAGAUGAGCCACUCCUGCCCGAAAUCCCCAAAUGUGAUGCCAACGUCUUGGACACUACAGUGGUGAUCCCAGGGUCGUGGCUCUCCAAUACUUUCCGCAGCAUCCUCACCCACCGGGCCUUUGUGUCUCAGUUCCACAACUUCCUGUUGGGCCUGCAGCUGCACAGCGACUACCUCCAGAACAGCCAGUUCUCCAUGUGGAGAGACACGGUGCUAGAUGGUUUCCCAAACCAGCUGACAGAGUCUGUGAGCCACUUGUGCCUGUUGGACACCGCAUUCUUCGUCAACUCCAGCUACCCACCCCUCCUUAGGCCCGAGAGAAAAGUCGACCUCAUCAUCCACCUCAAUUACUGUGCUGGGUCCCAGACAAAGGCGAGUGUGACAAAGAAAGGCUCCUGCCUGAGCAGGAGCGCUGUGCCUCUUCUGAGACAGGCCACAUACUGA